UCCUCACAAGGUUCGGAGCAACGGCAAACUGUGCGGCUGCAAAGAGAUUUCAGUUAACGCAGAUAUUUCGAGACAUAACGACCGUAGAACGCGACGGCAGAACGCGUUUCAUACGAAGCACAAAAAUUAUUUUUAUUUUUUUUUUUGAAAUAGUAAAAGGAAUAAAUUCAUAGAUACUGCAAAGCAUUGACUGUGCAAUUGAUCUCAACAAAGUGAAGACAGGAACUACUAGAAAUUAUUAAAGACGUAUAAGAAAUACUAAAUGUGAAUAAAGAACAGUGCAGAAGAACUGAGACUUUGUGAUUUACAUAAAAAGCGCUUGUGAUAAAAACAAAAAUAAAAAAUUUAUACUAAGAAACCAUUUCUUACCGAAUCAAAAGACUUGAAAACACUUCAAAAAUCGAAACCAACUUGUAUCCAACGAACAUACACACAGUAAUUAGCAAUGGAUAUUGAUUACCUCGCCUACCUGGAGACCUUUUGGGCCUACUUCCCCUACCUCUUCUACAGCUUUGUCUUCCUCACGCUCAUACCGAAAUCGCUGCGCCGCAUCAAAACUUUCGCCGACGCCGACUACGAAGCCAAUCGUCACAAAUACCAUCGCUGCUAUGCGCCCGACAUCUGCUGUCACACAAUGGGCGAAGCGCUGCCCAAGCCGAAGCCACGCAAAGCCGUAACACGCGUCUACCCGAAACGACACAGCACGGCGGGCACCACCAACACCGAAGCAUACUACGGCAGUAAACAGGACGCGACGCCGACAGUCAAUCACAUUAAAAGACAAGUAGAACCGGCGUCCAUACAAACCAACACGCAUGUCAAUCAAAUUGCGAAAAUGUUCGAGAAUGUGCCAACGGUGACGGUGUCACCCGCGCUGUUGGGCAAGAAAAUCAACCGCGUCACACCAACCAUACAAUCGCUGGAUGAACCCACCAGCGUCAUUGAAGACGUCACGCAUGCAUCGCCACCAACACCAAAGUCAACGCUGAAUGCAUCGCGCCUGUCGCAGCUCCUCUCACAGGAGCAACUGGAGAAUUCGCUGAGUUUGUUGCAAGAGACAAACACGGAUGAAGAACAGAAUUGCUGGCGCGAUUCACCGCCGCGACGCACAAAACGCCGCGCCGAUGCGCCCACCGCGCUGCACUACAACGGCGCCGGCACAUCUACAACGCCAUCAACCGCCUCGCCAGUCGCCUCGUCACCACCCUCCGACUCACCGCCACUAUCCGCCUCGCCGCUCGCCUCAUCGCCGGUGCUCUUCCGUCCGCAACUGAGUAUGAAAUCCAGUUUGGAGGACAUUUUCGCCGCCAUCGCGCGCAACGCGGAGAAAACUGAGAAUUUCAUCUAUGCCGGCUGCAAGUCGCUGUCGCCCGUCACCUCCAUCGAUGACAUACUGUCGCAGCGUCGUCUGUCGCGUCCGCUCUCGGCGUACUCGAUCAGCGAUCUGUUGAAUGAGGAGAGCAGCAACGCAGCCAUGGAUGAGGCGCGCGUGGAGAACUUUCUGUCAGUGCUGAACAAGACUUGAACGCGGCGCAAGCGCUAGUGCAAGUGCCAGCGCGCAACAGUUGGCGCGUUCACCAUUAGCAUACUUGUAUGUGUAAAUGUGUGCGUAUAUGUGUGCCGUAUUGAAGUAUAUUUCGUGUGGUUGGGGCUGUGAAGUAGUUUAUGCAAUCAAGGAUGGGUGUGUACUUUUAGUUAGCAUGUGCUAGCUUUCUGCGCGCGCGCAUGCAUUUGUGUGUGUAUGUAUGCGUAGUUUACUGUAAUAUAAACCGUAUGUGCAUUAGCCUUAAGUUAUAUAGCGUUGAAAAAGUUGACAGCCAGCGUUUAGUAGUCGCGUCGCAGUGAAAUGUCAAAGUGCCAUGCAAGCAACGCCUCAGCAACAACAACAACAAAAAUAAAAAUAUGUAUAAAAAACAGCAAAAGCUGCCGCUUCAUACAUACUUACAUAGUUUGAGUUAUGUGCAUUGCCAGCGCGCGCCCGGCUGGCAAGCGCUCCGGCGACAGCUGCAGCUGCAGCUGUGCCAGUGAUGAGUCAGCGCGGCCAAAGCGCACGUCAGUCACAAGUCAGCGCCUAAGUUUGCGGAAUUCGAAAAUGAAAAGAAGUUUCAAAGGAAAAAAUAAAUAAAAAAAAUGAUUUUCUUCUUUAAUAUUUUUCUAUGCAAAGCGCUUAGUUGUUGUUGUUGUAGUGUAGUGUGUGCAGCAUCCAGUAGGAAACAAAACUGUGAAUAUCCAAUUAAUUUUUAUGACUUUAUUAUUGUGUAACGCUUUGUACGCGCAUAAAUUGUAGUUUUUAUUGCUCACACUGCUGUUACACGACUAUUUAAAUGAUUACAGUUACAAGUUGCAGUGUAUGUA